AUGGCAGUUGUGAUCCUAUUGUGUGGAACUUGCGGCCUGUCCAAAUGUAUUACUCGAUACCUGAUUUCCAUGGUCGCCUCGGAUCUCUUGGUCAUUAUCACUGCCGUACUUUUGAACCGCAUUCCAGCAAUUUACUUUCCAGGUAGUUUCCUGUCCAUUACUCCGAUAUGCUGCAUCAGCAUUUCAUUGAUUUAUGCAACAAGGGACAUCUCCGUCUGGUUAACAGUUUCCUUCACCUUUGAUCGAUUUGUGGCCAUUUGUUGUCAGAAGCUGAAAAUGAAAUACUGCACUGAAAAAAUGGCAGCUGUAGUGAUCGGAAUAGUCUGUGGAUUAGGCUGCCUGAAGAAUAUACCGUGGUAUUUUAUGCAUGAGCCAAUACUCAUAAUAAAUAAUGUUCCAUGGUAUUGCAGACUGAAGGAGAUCCGUUACACUUCACCAAUAUGGGCAACAUUCCAAUGGACUGAUCGUAUUUUAACUCCGUGCCUCCCAUUCUUUCUGAUACUUUUCCUCAAUGCUGUGACCGUCAGACACGUUCUCAUAGCGAGUCGAGCCCGCAGGCGGCUCCGAGCUCAAACAAAGGGAAACAAUCAGAAUGACACAGAGAUGGAGAACAGGAGAAAAUCCAUUGUCUUACUUUUCUCUAUAUCUGGAAGUUUUGUUCUCUUAUGGACCACAUAUGUUGUGCAGUUCUUUUUUGAGAGAUUCAUAAAUGAAUAUAAACCUCAAGGUUUAAGUGAUCCAAAAUUUAUUUUUCAAGAAAGUGCAAAUAUGCUUCAGCUAUUGAGUUGCUGCACAAACACAUUUAUUUAUGCAGUGACUCAGAGGAGAUUCCGGCAGCAGUUAUACCAUAUGUUACAACAUCCAUUGACUCUGGUCCGUAAUUAUUGCCACAACUAA